UCACGCUCACUGUCGCAAGUCGCCGCUGCAGUAGUGCGCUUACACCUUGUGAAAUGGUUGUAUUCAAAGCUAUAUUAAUUCCAGACCCGCCUCGAUGGGUUUUGUCACGAAAAAAUUCGCAGUGCUGUACAUUUUUUAUCAAAUCGAUCUAGCUCAGCCAAAACAUCAAUGCGACGAGACAUUAUUAUACCGUUAAUAUGACAUACUUUUUUCGAAAACUUGCUACUAAAAGCUGCUAGAAGAACGAUAUUGCACAUCUUUUAAAUAUUUAAAAUUUAAUCAGUUUUAUAUUUGAAUAAUGAAGUGGAUAAACUGUGUUGUUUUAUUGUGUGUGUUUGUAAUUAAGUGUGAAUCGAUGUCCGAUAGUGAAAUAGAAGAUUUUGAAAACUUUCUAAAGGAGACAUCACAAUUAGAUCAAAAUUUAAAGAGUAACCCUGAAGCAGACUUCGAUGAAGACGAACCAGCGUCGGAUAAUGCAUGGGAAGAAAGCGGGAAAUUUGAAGGAGAUCUUAUCUUAAAUGAUCGACAACGGCGCAUGAUUGUCACUAACGUUGUAGAGGGUCUCGCUCGGAAUGGUCUAGCGGAUAGCACCAAACGGUGGCCUAAUAAUGAAGUUAUUUAUUUUAUUCAACGAGAACAUUUUAAUCUAGAUCAGGUACAGGCUAUAGAAGACGGUAUUGCUGAUUUAGCUCAAGCGUCGUGUGUAAAGUUUACUCCUUACAAGAAAGGCGAUCGUGAUGCUGUUGUUAUUCAGGGCAGUAGACGCGGCUGCUUCUCUCAAGUCGGCUAUCAAGGGGGCUACCAGGUUCUAAACUUGUCUGGUCGGCAUCCAGCUGGACGUGGAUGUUUUCGACACGGAACUGUUGUACACGAACUCCUUCAUACCCUUGGCUUCUAUCACAUGCAGAGCAGCCCCGAUAGGGAUGACUUCAUCGAUGUGUUGUGGGAAAACAUUAUACAAACGACAAGACACAAUUUUCGCAAAUACAACUCGUUUGCGGUGUCCGACUUUGGCGUGGGUUACGACUACGAAAGUGUUCUGCAUUAUAGCCGAAAAGCUUUCUCUGUCAAUGGAAAAGACACACUCGUGCCAAAACAGAGGGGAGCUGAAAUCGGUCAGAGGAUUGGCCUGUCGCAGAAGGACACACAAAAGCUAAACAAAAUGUACUGUGAUGCGGAUUCCGAUCGGUUUUUAGAUAGCGAUUCCUCUAAAAUACCCCUAGCUGCAAAGAAACCUGACAAAAAUAAACCUUUCGAGGGACGUGGAAUAGGAUAUCAUCAAGGUAAAGCCGUAGCUAUAAAGCUACCUGCAGCACAAACAUAUAAUUUGCAUGACUUUUCCAACAUUGAUAAGUUUAAUGAUUUUAGUAAAACGAAAGAAAGUGUGCCUCCAAUGUCUGUUCAUGGAUUUGGAGUUAUUAAGGAAAUAAAUGAUAUAUAUUCUAUGCCUCACUAUUCACACAAUGAAGAAAGGAUUCCUAGUGCAAUGCUUGUUGUCACAGGAAACAAAGAUGACAAUGAAUACCAAGAUGGUGUAUAUGAGUUCACUACUGACAUAAGCAAUAAUAUGAACCCAUCUGACGCUCGUAAAUUAGAUAACGGUCGGAGUGCAGGUCAUAUAGCACAUGACUAUAAUUCGCCGGAUUUAAUACAAUAUCACGAUCAAUACCAACCAUACACAGUUAAGCAUUCUAAUAACAAUCAGGCAAAUGAAUACACAAAUAAGCAAAAUGAACACGCAAAUGCUUUUCAUAUGGAUCAAGAUUUGCUUCAACACAUGAAAAAUAAAUAUAAUGAUAAUAGAUAUAAACAUGAUCAAGGAAACAUUCAUGCAUUGCAGUCUACACGCAACAAAAGUCCAUAUUAUGAUAACACCGAUAAAAACGAAAACUAUGAUAAUAAUUAUAAAUAUUAUGGUCAUAAUCACCAUAAUGAUGGCUAUAAUCCAUAUGAUGAUAUACCAGCCAUACCAAACUUAAAUAUAUUAAAUAAUUCCAAAGAGUCCCAGCUGCCAUUGCCAACAAAAUGGUUAAAUUCUAACAAAAAGUUUCAAGAACUAUAUCGUCCUUAUGUUAAAGAAAUAUAUUUAGAUGAUAGAUAAUAUUGUUAACAAUUAACGGUACUAUUAUAUAAGUUUUA